AUGUCUCUCCCUGUUCAAACAUUCUCCUCUCUCCCUCUCUCCUCCCUCCUCCCUCUCUCCUUCUCUCCCUCUCUCCUUCUCUCCCCCUCUCCUUCCUCUUUCCCUCCUUCUUCCUCCCUCUGUCCCUCUCUCCCUCUCUCCUCCCUCUCUCCCUCUCUCCUCCCUCUCUCCUCCUUCUCUCCCUCUCUCCCUCUCUCCCUCUCUCCUUCCUCUUUCCCUCCUUCUUCCUCCCUCAUCCUUCUGCUCCAGCAUCCGUCUGUCCACGGAGGAUCCGGACUCCUGCCAGCAGCCAUUAGCGGUCACAUCUCAGUCCAAGAACAGCGCCUUGGCUCCGCUGCAGCUCGCACGCACACCGAGGCCUUCCAAAAAACAGGGUUGACAAAUAAUUGA